UCUCUCCAAGCAGCCAUGGCUCCGACGACGGAGAAGUCCCCACCCAAAUCCGGCUCUGAGGACCCGAACCCGACAUCCAUCGAGACCCGAUUCCGGGGUGUCCGAAAGAGGCCUUGGGGACGCUACGCCGCCGAGAUUAGAGAUCCCGGGAAGAAGACCCGCGUCUGGCUCGGGACCUUCGACACCGCUGAGGAGGCAGCGUGCGCCUACGACAAGGCGGCGCGUGAAUUCCGCGGAGGCAAGGCGAAGACCAACUUCCCCACCCCCACUGAGCUCCAUCUCGACGCCGUCAACAUCGCCAACAUGAACAACGCCGCCAAAUUAGCUGCGACGACGAACAUCAGCAACAGCCCCAGCAGCCACAGCAGCACCGUGGAGUCCUCCUCCCCGCCGUCUCCGCGCCCGCUCGACCUCACUCUCAAAACCCCCCGCUUGUCCACCGGCGGCGGCUACUUCACCGCCGCGAGCGGCUUCCGCCCGCUUCCCGCUUCCCGUCCCGUGAUCUUCUUCGACGCCCUCCAGCACGCCCGCGAAACUUGCAGGUUCGACCCCCCCGCCCCCACAUCAGGCUCAGGCCACAGCGACUCGUCCUCGUCCUCGGUCGUCGACUUCGAGCGCACCUCCCGCAACGGGCGGCUCGAUCUCGACCUCAACCUUCCUCCCCCCUCAGAAGUCGCCUAAACUACCGCCGCCCGCCGCGAAAGAUCCCCCUUUUUUUCUUUCCGGUGCCAAGUUUGUUCCUUUUUAUGUAAGAAACAAAACCCCUCUUAGAAAACGAGAAAGCUAGCAACCCUCGAGCUGUCAUGUAUUUUGAAAUUAGCCCCCUACAUGCAGUUUUUUAAUAUUAAAAACUGCUCCACAGCUCCUUAUGUAUAUACCCGAAGGGAAAAAAAACCCACCCGACCUUUAUCUAAUGUUCUCUUCUUUUUAUUUUUUUUUAUUUUUUUUAUUCCCAUCUGAGAGAUCUUAGCUUCUCUCUGUGUUGUUCAGUUAGUAGUUAAAAUGUUCAGAAAUCUGCAAUGAAAUGAGACGUUUCAUUCUGUA